CCUCGAGGACUGACCUUACUGCACCUUGGGUAGGAAAGGAGAUGGGACCAAUAAUGUUUCCUUACCACUCUAAAAAUGUGCCUCCCUCUUUCCUUCACAACAGGCAUGGAAGGAAGCUGCAGACACCACUUCCCUCUGGAGAAACAUGUGCCUAAACCGUUGGACCUUUUGCAAUAUCUUAAACCUGACUCCAGGAGUGCAAACAUGGAAAAAAUACUAUCUCCACCGCUCCAAACUUGAGCAGCAAAUGACAUCAGGACGGCCAUCAGCUGAUUAUACAUGCAUACCCAUGAGGGGGCAUAGUGGAAAAAUAAUGGACAUGGCUUAUUUGUCUGACAGUGACCAUGUCUUUGGUGCUGGAAAGCUGAGGUCUGUUGUCUGCACUGCAUCUACUGAUGGCACUCUACGAGCUUGGAACGUCCAAGAGGGUAUGCAGAUAUGGUCAAGUCCCAUACAAGAAAUGCCACUUCUGAAAGUUAUUACAUUACCAAAAUACAAGGUAGCAAUCACAACAGAUGCCAGUGGAACUAUCAAAGCCUGGCAGGGAGAAACUGGGAAAGAGCUUGCUUCAUUCUCCACAUCCUCCUCUUCAUGCAACUUGGUUUCCUACUCGGUGAACAGUAAGCCCUUCUUAUCGGCAGCCACUGCAGGAGGUGCUAUUUAUACAUUAGAGGUUCCUAAUCUAAAUCAAGUGUCACGUAUCACAGCAUUUCAGAAUUCUAAAAUUGAUAUCUUUCUUUGUUCACCUGAUAAGUUGUGGCUAGUUGCUGGAUCUACUGAAAGUGCAGAUGUAUCUACCAAGGUGUUUUCUACAGAUUGCUUGAUUCAACCAACAGAAGACAAAUCACCCAUAUGCACUUCUCUGCCUAUCCAUGAGCAUGUUACGGCUUGUUGGUUACCAAAACAGCCAGCAAGAAUAGCAGUAAUGCAUAAAGAUCAUGCCUUUCAUAUGAACAUCACAGUGUUGGAUCUAGCAGUGAAGAAAUCUAAAUAUAAAUCAGAAAUCCUAGCUCAACAGGUUACAAGAUUCACAUUACCAGAAAACCAUUGGAACACGCACAGUCUCAUGGAGGGGUAUGGAACAGAAACCAUUCUUAUAGGAUGUGGGUCAGUGCUGAAGUUAUAUUCAAUCUCUGGGACUCAACUAAAAUGUUUCCAGGAUCAUAAGGACACAAUUACUUCACUAUGGGUGGAUUCUUUCCGUGUUGUCACAUCAUCCUUGGAUCUCUCUCUCCGUGUAUAUAUGUGGAAAAAAACAAACCAGGCUUGUGCAUUACAGAGCCUGUAUCAGUUACUAGGAGGAUCUCAUAAGUGGUCAAGGGGCUUUACUGAUGUGGCAUGUGACAACGUGAGCAUCAUAGGUGUGGUGGCCAGAGCUGAUGAAACAAGUAUUUUGAGAGCCUAUUCUUUUAACCUUUAAUAUAUACUUGUUAUCCUCCUUCAGGAGUCUGCUUUGUACAAAAGAUGAUACUUUAAAAAUCUUCUAGUUGAAGGCAUGUGCUAGGACAGCUCCAUUUAUAUGUAUUCACUGUGGUUACCUUGCAAAGCCUAAACACUGCAUGUGUGUGUGGACAAAGUUGCUAUAGUUUAGAGUAGUCAUGCUGUAUUACUAAGUUUGUGAAUUGAAGCUCAUCUAAAAAUGU